GAACAAAAGAUAAUGACAUUGAAGACAAACGAGUAACAACACAGUACAAAAUGAACUGCCGAAAAUUACUUUUACAGUUUUGUUUGAUUAUGUAUUCAGUUUUACCGUCAAACGCAGAAGUACGCGGGAAUAAUUUGCCAUGUGAGUAUAGUUUCCAUGUAUGGUACCCGGAUGAGGACAUCAGACAAAAAGUGAAGGAUGUCAGUUAUAAGGUAAGCAAUAUGACAGGAUACAUUGACAGGGAGUUUCUUACAAUGAAGGCUACAGCUUUGGAAGAAUUAAAACAAUGUCAAAACUGGACCAUUCAUCUAGAACGGCAAAUUACAGAUUUAAAAUUUAAAACAUUGAAAGGCAGGAUUAUUGAAAGAGACACAUCGAACAGUAUUACUGAUGUUGAAAGAGAUAUGCUAGAUCUUAAAAAGAAAGUCAGUCAUUUGAAAAAUAACUAUCAAAGGAUGCAUAGAAGUUUUCAAUCUUUAAAUAAUGGAAAUACGAGAAAAGCACAACCUAUAAGCCAUCGUGAAAUAAAUAUGCUUGAUUUAUUAAAAAAUACUGUUCGAGAUUUGAAAGCCGAAUGGGUUGUAGUGAAACGUGACGUCAUAGAACUACAAACAGAACACAGGAAUAUCAAAAUGGGCCAAAAUAAAUACAGUAACCAUUCUUUUCAUAUUUCGGAAACCAUCCAAUUACUAACAUCGAAAUUAUCUAUCUUAGAAGCGAAAAACGACAAUUUAACUGAUGUGGUAAAAUCACAAUCAAAUAAGAAUGAUAAUGUACACGAUCGCAUACAGAAGCUGGAAACUUACGAUGAGGACUAUACAGUAAAUAUAGACAACAUAAAAACCGAUCUUAAAAAUUCAGAAGAUAAAAUAAAAUCUAUUGAUAAAGAUCUUGGAUUGUUAAAGGACGAUAAUGCAUAUAUGAAGACGUUAGUAAUUGCGUCUUUGAAGUCCCCGGAUGUUAACCAUGACGGCACGAAAGAAAAUAAGCGAAGAGUGAUCACUACUAUACCCAAGGACUGCCAAGAUGUAAAUGAAAUGGGCUAUGAUGUAAGUGGUGUGUACCAGAUUAAACCAGAAGCAGCAGUGGAACCAGAUAAUAUUUACUGUGAAUUUCUAAACGGAUCAGCAUACACUGUUAUUCAACGUCGCACUGACGGUCUACUUAGCUUUAACAGGCAGUGGAUCGAAUAUAAAUUCGGUUUUGGAAAUCUGUACGGCAGCCACUGGGUUGGAAACGAAUGGAUUCAUUUCCUUACAAAUCAGGAUGAAUAUACGCUACGAAUUGAUAUGUGGGACUGGGAAGGAAAGAAGUACUUUUCUGAAUAUAGAAUCUUUUCAAUUGGAAGCCAGGAUGUCGAUUAUCAGAUCCACGUGGGUAGUUACACAGGUAAUGCCGGGGAUUCUCUCAGUUUCCACGAUAACAUGAAGUUUAGUACUGAGGAUAUGGAUAAUGAUCGCAAUGUCCGUCAUUGCGCGGCUGAAAACAAAUCUGGAUGGUGGUUCAAUAACUGCUACUAUAGUAAUCUAAAUGGCGUGUACCACGUGGGAUUUUAUUCUCACUCGCAGUACAGUGAUGGUAUUGUGUGGUUUACACUGAAAGAAAGCGAUAAGUAUUCACUUCGAAAGGUGGAAAUGAAGCUUAGGCGAAAUACAAAUUAAACUUUUACAAUUAAUAUACGUUUUCAAUGUUAACACAACAAUUUGGAAUCUGAUACUUUUUAUGCUAAAGAGAACAUAUAAAAACGAAAAGAAAAAAAACCUUCCUUGCUGUUUUGAAAGAAGUCAUUCUUUUUUAUUGUUAGGCUUUAUCUUCAUUUAUCACAUGUUUGUUACGAAUACGUUAGGUUUUGUAUAUGUAAUAACCUCAAAAAAGAGUAUAUUGGUUAU